UUUGUACAGGAGCUCAUUCAUCCAAGUUUUUAAAAUAGUUCAUUCUUUAUCCACAAGGUUUCUCUGCCAGCAGUAAAUAGCGCUGCAGCAGGAAGCAAUGGUCUGAGCGCUGAUUUUCUAUUCCUCUUUGUUGAGCUCACAUCAAGCUGACUGUGACACAGACUCGAGUACUUCCCCCUCCCGGAGCAGUGUAGAUUUUUGAGUUGAAGUAAAGUUCUCCUUCUCAUUGUAUUGUUUGCGUGUGCACGCUGCGUUGCUGCUCCGCAUUCAAGGAUGAGUUUUAGAUCUAAAGUUUUUAAACGGGACCCCAGUGUUGAUUUCCGGAGGAAAAGAAAGACAAAGAGAGCACGGGGGGACUUUAGCAGACUAAGCUGUCAAGAGAAACCAAAACUAAUAGACCCUCUGGAUUACGAGGCUGUUAUUUCUGAGCUUGACGCUGAAUUUAAAGAUGACCCCUUGAAGGAUCUUAUAGUGUUCCCAGAUGAGGAUUUCUCGACAGCCACAAUUUCUUGGGAGACGCAGACCUUGUACUCCACUGUCCCAGAAGAUGCAGAAAUGCAGGCUGAAAGUCUCCUGGUCAAAGAGGCCUGUAAAUUCUACAACUCCCAGUGGCAUGUUGUCCAUUAUAAACACGAGCAGUAUUCGGGAGAUUAUCGGCUAUUGCCCAGGAAACAUUACAAACCAGAGAAGCUGCCAUCACAUUCUUUUGAAAUCGAUCAUGAAGACGUUGAUAAAGAUGAAGACACGACAUCCCUGUCGUCUUCUAAAGGAGGAGGUGGAGGGGGAGGAGGGUUUGGCGUUUUCAAGUCUGGCUGGCUUUAUAAAGGGAAUUUCAACAGCACUGUGAACAACAGCAUCACUGUUCGGUCAUUCAAAAGGAGAUAUUUCCAGCUCACACAGCUCUCAGAUAAUUCAUACAUCAUGAAUUUUUACAAAGAUGAGAAAAUCUCAAAAGAGCCCAAAGGGUGUAUAUUCCUCGAUUCUUGUACUGGUGUGGUGCAGAACCACAAGGUGAGGAAGUAUACCUUCGAGCUGAAAAUGAAUGAUGUGACAUACUUUGUCCUGGCAGCUGAAAAUGAGCAGGAUAUGGACGACUGGAUUUCCACCCUGAACAGAAUCUUGCAGAUCAGUCCUGAAGGGCCAAUGCAGGACAGGAAAAGCAUCGACCUCACAGACAGUAAGCCAGAGUCAGCUGACAUGACGCCAUGUGAGAGCUGCCCUCCUGAAGCAGACCAGUCUUCAGAAGACAGUAUAAAUCCAGAACUGGCAAAGUACCUCACUGAAACAGAGGACACAGUUAAAAUGGCAAGAACAGAGAACAGACUUAACUUGUUUUCACUUGAUCCUGACUUACCGGCACCGAAGGCGCAGAAGUCUGAGUUUUCAUCAAAUGAGUCCAUAGUGAAACCUUUGGAAGAGAAAAUCGGCAAGAGGCUGAUGAUAUCAUGUAAAUCCCUUAACCUAACACUGCAGGGCUGUGUCAGUGACAGUGAGACCGGACCGAUAACCAAUAUCGAGCCAUUCUACAUCAGCAUCGCCCUGUUUGAUAUCCGGGAAGGCCGGAAGGUGUCGGCGGACUUCCACGUGGAUUUGAACCACGACCUGGUCCGGGAGAUGGUUUCAGGUUCGUCGUCGGUGGUGGAGAAUGGGGUGAGCUCUCCAGCUGAAAGAAGACCAGGGGAAUGUCAGCUGAGAGGGCUUCAGGAAGACUGGCUGCGCUACCCAAAACAGGCGAUUUUCUCAGUUACAAACCCACACUCUGAUAUCGUUUUGGUGGCCAGAAUAGAAAAAGUGCUGAUGGGGAGCAUUGCCAGCGGAGCUGAGCCGUACAUAAAGAGUACAGACUCCAGCAAGACCAUCCAGAAGACGCUAAAAUCCAACAAGCAGUUUUGCAGCAAGCUGGGCAAAUACCGAAUGCCGUUUGCUUGGUCAAUAAGGCCGGUGUUCAAAGACAAUCAGGGCACAGUGGAUCGAGAGUCCCGCUUCUCACCCUUGUUCAAGCAAGACAGCAGCAAGGUUUCCACAGAGGAUUUACUCAAAUUAAUAUCUGAGUACCGGAGUAGGGCAGAGAAGACCAGCAAAAUGCAGAGCAUACCUGGCAGUGUGGAGAUCACUGUGGACUGUGUCCCGAUGGAGCACCCAAACUGCGUUACAUCCUCCUAUGUUCCUGUAAAGCCUUUUGAAGACUCUGAAAAACAUCAAGCUACAAUAGAAAUUGAAGAAUUUGUGCGAGAGUCUACCAAAUAUUCCCACCCAUUCAGAGUCUACAAGAACCAAAUCUACAUCUACCCCAAGCAUCUGAAAUACGACAGUCAGAAGUUUUUUGCAAAGGCAAGAAACAUUGCAGUCUACGUGGAGUUUCGAAGUUCAGAUGAAGAAGGUGCCAAACCUUUGAAGUGUAUCUAUGGCAAGCCUGGAGGACCUGUGUUCACAGCGACAGCCUGCACCACCGUUCUGCAUCAUUCUCAGAACCCAGAUUUCUAUGAUGAGGUGAAGAUUGAGCUCCCCGCACAGCUCCAUGAGAAACAUCACCUUCUGUUUUCAUUCUAUCAUGUGACCUGUGACAUCAACGCCAAAACCAACGCCAAAAAGAAAGAGACACAGGAAACAGCAGUGGGGUACGCCUGGCUGUCACUAUUGAAAGAAGGCAUGCUUGUAUCUCAAGAGCACAGCAUUUCAGUGGCUAACACUUUACCUUCUGGGUACCUCAACAUCAAGGAGCCUGGGUCAGGAAAACAAAACGGAACUGACAUCAAAUGGGUAGAUAAUGGAAAGACAGUGUUCAAGGUGUCCACACACGUAGUGUCAACUGUAUAUACUCAGGAUCAACACCUAAACCGAUUCUUCCAGCAGUGCCAGAAAAGAGAAUCCGAACUUCCUCACGCUCCUACCUCAAACUUCAUCAACUCCCUGCUGGGCCUCCAGAGUAUAGAGAAGAUCCACGUGAUUACAAGGUUCCUUCCUGUUCUCUUCAACCAGCUGUUGAAGGUUCUGAUACAAAAUGAUGAGGAUGAGAUCAUUACCACCACCACCAGAGUGCUUGUCCACAUUGUUGCCAAGUGCCAUGAGGAGCAUGUUGACCACUACCUCCGUUCCUACGAAAAGUUUGUGUUCAAGGCAGAAUCACACAAUUCAAGAACAGUGCAUGAAGAGCUUGCAAAGGGAAUUAAUUCCAUCUUAAAAACCAAUGAACAAGUACCGGUUAAAAAUACACUUAAGUACUUGUGCUUCUUCUUUGAGCUCAUUGUGAAGUCAAUGGCCCAGUAUCUGGUGGAUUCAAGUAACCUAGCGCUUCCCCGUUCUGAGAGAUUCCCUGCAUCGUACCCCAACAUGUUGGACACACUGAUAAUGAACGUGUCGGAUCACGUAUUCUGGAAAAACAAGGAAUUUCAAGAGGAAACGCGGAAUGCAAACCUUGCUGUUGCCAUGUUUGUUAAGCGCUGUUUCACAUUCAUGGACAGAGGAUUCACAUUUAAACUUAUCAGUAAUUACGUCAAUAUGAUCGCGUCAGGAGAUAAUAAGACUCUGUGUGAAUUCAAGUUUGAGUUCCUUCGAGAAGUCUGUAACCAUGAGCACCAUAUACCUCUCAGCCUGCCUAUACCAUCGGCAAAGAUCACAGACCAGGCAUCCCCUUCACAAACAGAGAGCACACAAGAUGUUCCGGAAUACAGCCUGACCAAUGAAUACUGCCGAAAGCACUUCCUGACUGGACUGCUGCUCCGGGAAGUUGGCUUUGCGCUGCAGGAGGAUCAAGAUAUCAGACACUUGGCUCUGGCCAUUCUGAAGAACCUCAUGGCAAAGCAUUCGUUAGAUGACAGAUAUGCAGAUAAAAGCAAGCAGGCAAGGAUAGCAUCCCUGUACCUGCCACUGUAUGGAAUGCUGCUUGACAACAUGCCAAGGUUUUUCAUGAGGGACAUAUUCCCAUUCAACUUCAGUUCUUCUAAUCAAGGCUCCAGAGAUGACCUCAGUGUAGCAGGGGGUUUGCAGAAUCAGAUGACCUCAGCUUUGAGACAAGCAAACUCAGUGGAUACUUCAUUCUCUAAAGAAGUGCUAAACUCAAUAACAGCCUUUUCAUCACUGGCGGUAUCUACUGCAAACCAUGCAGACUCAAGGGCCUCCUUGAUAAGCAUCGAGUCGAACCCCAGUAACAAUGACAAGAAUAGCGAGAAGACAGAUGCCUGUGAGAAGUUUGCCAGGCCGUUGUCAUUGAUUGGAUCAGCUCUUCGCUUCGACAAGCUGGACCAGGCAGAAACAAGAAGUCUUCUCAUGUGCUUCCUUCACAUAAUGAAGACGAUCUCUGAGGAUGUGAUAGUCUCUUAUUGGCACAGAGCUGUUCACCAAGAGAUUUCAGACUUCUUCAACAUUUUAGAAUUAUGUCUCCAGCACUUUCGCUUUUUGGGAAAGAGACAUAUUGCAAGGAAGCUAGCUGCGGCUGUUAAACUCGCACAGGCCACCCAGAACAAUGGCACUCUCAAAGGGUCUAGUUCCUCUACUCAAGCUCCCGGUCUCCUCUCACAAUGGAUGCACUCCAGUCAGGAUGGCCACAGACAUUGCCGCUCCCAGACCAUGCCGAUAAUACGUGGAAAGAACGCUCUGUCAAACCCCAAGCUGUUACAAAUGAUAGAUAGUGCAAAUGCAGGAUCCAAUGGUAACGUCGCUGAAACAGACACCUUAAACCCUACAGACAUGGAGGCAAAUGUUGCAACCGAAGUCUGCCUUACAGUCCUGGACAUAUUAGGUCUCUUCACUCAGCACCACAAGAAACAGCUGCAGCAGGAUGACGGACAGAAUCCACUGAUGAGAAAAGUCUUUGACACCUACCUUCUGUUCCUCCAAAUUAAUCAAUCGACAGCAGCCCUUAAACAUGUCUUCGCAGCAUUGAGAUUAUUCAUUCACAAGUUCCCCUCAGCCUUCUUCCAAGGCAAGGCAGAUCUCUGUGGAUCUUUGUGCUAUGAGAUUCUGAAGUGCUGCAACCACAGGUCCUGCUCAACACAAACGGAGGCCUCAGCUCUACUGUACUUCUUCAUGAGGAAGAACUUUGAAUUCACCAAAGGGAAGUCUAUUGUGAGGUCUCACCUGCAGCUUAUCAAAGCAGUGAGCCAGUUGAUAGCUGACGCAGGGAUCGGGGGAUCACGCUUCCAGCAGUCUCUCGCCAUCAUCAAUAACUUUGCGAACGGGGACACACCUUUGAAAAGCACCUCGUUUCCGGCAGAGGUGAAGGACCUAACCAAGCGAAUAAGAACUGUGCUGAUGGCGACAUCCCAGAUGAAGGAGCACGAGAAGGACCCAGAGAUGCUGGUAGACCUGCAGUACAGCUUAGCAAAUUCGUAUGCCAGCACUCCUGAGCUCCGGAGGACUUGGCUGGAGAGCAUGGCAAAGAUCCACGUCCGAAACGGAGAUCUCUCAGAGGCUGCAAUGUGUUACAUCCACAUCGCUGCUCUUAUCGCCGAAUACUUGAAAAGGAGAGGUUACUGGAAAGCAGAAAAGGCUCGGAACUCGAGUGUGUUCACAGAGGAUGCAAAUCUUAUUAACUAUAACCAGUUACUAACCUCUCGAGAUGGAGAAUCUUCGUUUAUAAUGGGCUGGCCUGCAUUUCUGUGUAUAACCCCCAAUGUGAAAGAGGAAGGGGCCAUGAAGGAAGACACAGGGAUCCAGGACACUCCAUAUACAGAGGACACUCUGGUGGAGCAACUGGAGCUGUGUGUGGAUUACCUGUGGAAAGCGGAACGGCAUGAGCUCAUUGCUGACGUGAACAAGCCUGUCAUUGCAGUGUUUGAGAAGAGACGAGACUUCAAAAGACUGUCAGAACUGUACUACGACAUCCACCGGUCAUAUCUCAAAGUCACUGAGGUUGUGAAUUCAGAGAAGCGUCUGUUUGGCAGAUACUACCGCGUUGCUUUUUAUGGACAGGGAUUCUUUGAAGAGGAGGAAAGCAAGGAGUUUAUUUAUAAAGAACCAAAGCUGACAGGCCUGUCAGAAAUCUCUCAGAGGUUGCUGAAACUGUACUCGGAUAAAUUUGGAGCAGAGCAUGUCAAAAUGAUCCAGGAUUCAAAUAAGGUCAAUCCCAAAGAUUUAGAUUCAAAAUAUGCCUACAUCCAAGUUACCUACGUGACUCCGUAUUUCGACGAGAAGGAGCUUCAGGAAAAAAGAACGGACUUCGAGAGGCAUCACAACAUAAGGCACUUCGUGUUUGAAACUCCAUUCACACUGUCGGGAAAGAAACACGGAGAUGUGGAAGAGCAAUGCAAGAGGAGAACAAUCUUGACAACCAGCUCUUCUUUCCCUUAUGUGAAGAAGAGGGUCCAGGUUACUGACCAGCAAAGCACAGAACUGAACCCCAUUGAGGUGGCAAUUGAUGAAAUGUCCAGGAAAGUGUCUGAGCUCAAUCAGCUGUGCUACAUGGAUGAAGUGGACAUGAUCAGACUGCAGCUCAAACUGCAGGGAAGUGUCAGUGUCAAGGUAAAUGCAGGACCAAUGGCUUAUGCUCGAGCCUUCCUUGAAGAAAAGAAUGCGAAAAAGUACCCUGACAACCAAGUAAAACUUCUUAAAGAGAUUUUCAGGCAAUUUGCAGAAGCAUGCGGGCAUGCUCUGGAAGUGAACGAGCGUCUGAUCAAAGAGGAUCAGCUGGAAUACCAGGAGGAGAUGAAGUCUCAUUAUCGGGACAUGUUGAGUGAGCUCUCCACCGUCAUGAAUGAACAGCUUCAUUAUGGCACAAUUUCUUCCAGCUUCUGUUCCUCUUUAUCUAAUAUGUCACUUGCAACUGUUUCCAAAACUGAUUGUGUACAGGGAGGACACAGCAAAGCAUCAAGGAAUGGAGCGGCAUCACGUCUUUCGAGCCAUCAGUAAAACAGCUGCCUCAGGUCAGCAAGGCACUGCAGAAACCUCCAAGACAGAGUGACCUUGACCUAGUAGAAGAGGAUUGUCACACCUGUACAGUAUUAUCAGAAAAAACUGACCUUUAUGAACUGGAAGAGAGGCUUGAGAACCCUGUCACAGAUUGAAGAACGUGGCUGUUCUGUAAAUGAAUUUUAUAUGCCAGUCUGGUUUCAAUGCCAAGCCAGUGUCUGCACUUUCUACCACCCCCCUCACUCCCCCCCCCAUCCCAGCUCCCUCAAGAUUCAUGCUGUUGAGUGACCUUAAACAAGCUAGGUGUGUACUAUGAAUUCAUAGCAUCACAGUAUUGUAUCACCAACAAUCCCAGCAUAGAGAUUUUAAAAGGAAAGUUAAUGUUUUAUAACA